UUUUGAUUUUAUUCGUCAUUUAUAGUAAACCACUACACAAUUAAAAAUGAAUGUCCCGAAAAUCGAACAAUUAGAUAAAUUAAUAAAACAGCAUAUUGGUAAAAAUAAAACUAUAGUUGAUACGAAAAUAACAAGACUGACUGCUCCUGGAGAAAAUUAUGGAAGCGAAAUGCUGAAAGUCGAUCUAAUCGUGAAAUCGAAUGAUACAGGAAGCACAGAAGAUCUCAACGUUGUUGCCAAACUCAUUCCAUCAAGUGAAUUUUUUAGAGUGGUUUUUAAUAUCCAAGUGAGUUUUAAAAAUGAGAAAGCUUUCUAUGAUACAAUAGUGCCUACGCUACAAGACUUUCAAAAGAAGCAUGGAAUUGAAGCUGUUAUUGAUUUUUUUCCAUCAUUUUUUGGUUCCAGGAAUAAUUUGAAAUAUGAUGAUGGGCAAGUAGACGAUGAUGCAGCACUAGUUUUAGAAAAUCUGAAAAUAAAAGGAUAUACCAACAUAGAUCGUCAAGUUGGAUUCGACAUUCCUAGCACCAAACUAAUUUUAAAAUACCUUGCCCAAUUACAUGCUGUUACUUUAGCUCUAAAACAGGAGGACCCAAAACUUUUUGAAUCGAAAGUAAAACCUUAUUUGGCACAUUUUUCGCCUAAUAUACCUAAUGAAGCUAGUGAGAAAAUAAUAAGUUUCAUAGAAGAAUCAGAAAAAUGCAGACAUUUGGCACCAAAACUUCGAAAAUCGUUUGACACAAGUGAUGAGGAUGAGAGUAGAGAAAUAUUAAACAAACGUUUUUAUACAUUGGUUCACAAAGACCUGUGGGUUAAUAAUAUAAUGUUAAAAUUGAAUAACGGUUCUCCAAUAGAUUGUAAAUUUGUCGAUUUUCAAGGGUACUCUUAUGCUAGCCCAGCUACAGAUGUUCUUUUUUUUCUAUUCACAAGUGUAGAACUUGAAGCUUUACAAAAUAACCUAGAUGAUUUACUAAAAUUCUACCUUGAACAAUUUAAUUCAACUUUGAAAAGUUUAAAUUCUCAUCUUAGUUUAACUUACGAUGGACUUAUAAAUGAAAUUUGUGGUUCUACUCAAAGGGAACUCUCUCACGUUGUCUUUAUGACCUUGGUCGUAAUUCUUACACCACCGAUGGGUGGUCCACCUCCAUCUAUCGAUGGCAUGAAUGGACCUCCAGAUCUUUCUAAGCUGGUCUUCAAAGAAAGUGCUGUUGAGAAAAUUCUAUGGGUGCUUGAAGAAUGGGACAAGAGAGGUUGGAUGAAAUUUUAAAUUGCAAGGAAAUGAAAAUAACAGAUUGGAGGCAAGAUUAAUUUGUCGCCCAUAUUAUUUAGUAAUUUUUGGAUUUUGUUUAAAGUUUAAUCUAUUAAUUAAAAAGUUUGACAAUUACAAAUUAAUUUAAAAUCACUACACUGGUUGUCAUUUUUAAAGCCUAUUAAUAUUUUCAAAUCAAAUGAAUUACAUACAUCUUUAAAUUUUUAUUUGGUGAAAUAUGGUAAUAUCAAGAAGUGAAAUCUUCUUUUUCUAGCUUUUGGAUUUUUCGACUAUUUAAAACAAGUACCUAUAUUAUUAUAAUGGUCAUUAGUUAUUAGCAUAUAUUUCUGUAUAUGUGCAACCUUAUGAAUUUUAGCCUACCCUGAUUUUUUUAAAAUAGUAAUAAGUUAUACAUUUGUAGAAUCUAAUAUGAACCAAACCUCAGAUCAAAGUUACUCAAUAAACAUUACUAUUAGUUUUUAAGUAAUUUUAGGUGCUAUUGUUUAUCUUUGAUUUUUAAAUAUAACAUUUUUACUCUGACAUGCGAUAGAUGUCUUUCUCAGUCUUAAAUUGUGAAUAUGGUGCUGAAACAAAAGUUAUGAUUGUUAUGUUUUAAAUUGUAUGUAUUACAUGUAAAUAAAUAAAUAAAU